AGAGCCGUGCUAUUUUAAUCUAUACUUAAAGCUCCGGAGCUAUCUUCAAUCUUAGAAAUUACAGGCUUAGAUCUCAUUUAGAUUAUCUUCCGCAUAUCGAGAUAUUAGCCAACUUAUUUAUUUAGUUUGCGCACCGACAAAUUACGUAAGGGGCUGUAGGUUUAAUUUUCUUAGAUACUAUGUAUCCUGGAGAUAAUUGGUGCGGUGAAUUAUUAUUCAUUAUUCAACAUACCUUACAAAGUUGAAUCGAGGACCAAGCCAAACACAAACUCUAUAUGAUAAAUUCUGUAUCCUUUUAGCUUAAGAAGUAUUAGGUGUAUCAUCUAUUCUUUGGUACAGCUUUACUAUGCCGCCUCGGCCUUCACCUACGCACUUCUUAUGCUUACCACUUGUUACGGGGCAAUCCCGCCACCAACUCUCGGCGAGUUUAUCAGCCUUUAGCAGAGAUGUGACAAGCCCAGACAGUUUCGCUGUGCCAGAGCAAGCUAUUCGGCCAUUAGGUACACUUCACCUUACAAUUGGCGUUAUGAGCUUUCCAAGGGACGACGGCUUGGAUAAGGCAGUGGCGCUCUUAAAGACACUGGUACCUAGGAAAAUAAUGGCGAGCAUCAACGCUGCUGAAACAGGACAAGAGCCAACUGGGCCGCUGUCCCCUUUACUAUCUGUAACGCUGAAAGGUUUACAUUCAAUGCAGCCAACGUCAUCUAAGGCAUCGGUGCUUUACGCUCCACCGGUCGAUACUGAAGGUACUCUAUUGCGAUUUUGCGAGAAUCUGCGAUCGACCUUUCAGGAAGCCGGACUGAUGACAGAAGAAAACCGGCCCUUGCUAUUACAUGCUACUAUUAUGAACACGAUAUACGCCAAAGGGAGAAAUCGCAAAGGUGGGAAGCGACAUGAGAAGCUGACAAUCGAUGCAAGGGAUAUAUUAGACCGCUAUGACGAUUACGUAUGGAUGAAAGAUGUCCCGGUAGAGAAAAUCGCGAUAUGUAAGAUGGGGGCGAAGAAGCAAGAAGACGGUGAUGAAGCGUACGAAAUUGAAGCGGAAAUUGAGUUAACUUGACGAUGAUCGGUUGCUUCAAAUCAGGCAUUUUAUGUACCUAAUGUAAUGUCAGUAGGUACAAGAAAGUCGAGCUUCAUACAGCUCGGUGUAAGAAAGCUUGAUACCACGGGAUCGGAAGGAGCAUUAACCAUUGUACUACGGUAUUGUACUGACAAACAGUCUACCCGAACUUAAGCCGUUACGCAAUCCACACAGCCUCAA